GCACAUGGGUGUAUGUAUGUAUAUAUAACUAACCCCCUUCAUCAUCUCCUAACAGAACUUGCUUUCCUCUCCACAAUGGCUAAGGUUUAUCCUCAAACUCCAUCUUCACCAUCACAGUCACCAUCAUCAUCUCCAUAUGUAAGCUCAAAACAAGAGUUCUUCACAAUAUGGAUGAAGUCUCUAGUGUACAAUAGCCAUGGAUGCACUGCAUACAAUUCAAGUGGAGAAAUCGUUUAUCGAGUUGAUAACUACGACACGAAAUGCAGUUCACAAGUUUACUUGAUGGAUAUUCGAGGCAAGGUUCUUUUCGCGAUACAACGAAAGAAAUUACCAGUUUUUGGAUGUUGGGAUGGAUACAAGUGGGAUUUUUCGAAGAAACAACGAUGGUUUCGCGUUACAAGAAAACGCCAAACGAUUCAUGUAGAUUUAGGGGUUGGUGAAGGAGGUUACAAGAUUGUUAAAACUGGUGGAAAAUUAGGGUUCAAGAUUAUUAAUACUGAUCAAGAUGGUGCCUUGGUUGCUGAGUUUAAACCAAAGCAAACAGCUUCAGGGAUUGAUCUUGGAAAUGAUGUUUUCACAUUAACUGUGGAGCCUGAUGUUGAUCAAUCAUUGAUCAUGGCUAUCAUUAUGGUUCUAGGGUUGAUCCAUCGUCAACUAUAAAGAUCUUUUUUACAAGAUUUGGUUUCAGAUCUUGGAUUAUAGAUUUAAAAACCAGAUUUGAUUGCGGGUUCCGUUUUAUGCGAUUUUCGGAUGAUCUGAAGAUGGGACUUACAAAAUGAAGAUCGGAAAACAAAUCUUUGUGUUUGUAAAUUAUACAAAUUUUGCCUGAUUUUUGGUGAUUAAUCAUGUUUUAGGUGGAUGUACCUAACAUGGGAAGUAUAUAGAGUUGAGUAUUAACUGUUGUAACAUGUAAUAUUCAAUUUUUUCAACAAAUUCAAUUCAAUUUGUUGUUGCUCA